AUGGUUACUUCGGCAUACCCUGUUCCUGAAGGCUUCACUGAAUUAGAGGUGUUUAGUAUUGGCACCGCCCUGCUGGUAGAAGGUAAGCUGGGGUAGCUCCAAAUAAAAAUGGUGUCAGAAAUAGAAGUCAACACAUAUACUUUAACCACCCCUAUUUAUCAUGGAGGGGACGUGGGUGGCGCUGUGGGUUAAACCACAGAAUCUAGGACUUGCCGAUCAGAAGGUCAGCGGUUCAAAUCCCGGCAAUGGGGUGAGCUCCCAUUGUUCGGUCCCUGUUCCUGCCGACCUAGCAGUUCGAAAGCACAUCAAAGUGCAAGUAGAUAAAUAGUUACCGCUCUGGCGGGAAGGUAAACGGUGUUUCUGUGCGCUGCUCUGGUUCACCAGAAGUGGCUUAGUCAUGCUGGCCACAUGACCCGGAAGCUGCCUGCGGACAAACACCGGCUCCCUCGGCCAAUAAAGCGACAUGAGCGCCGCAAGCCCAGAGUCGGUCACGACUGGACCUAAUGGUCAGGGGUCCCUUUACCUUUACCUAUUUAUCAUGAACGGGCCUUUAUUUUCCUUUAUGCUUUGCUUUUGAUCUUGAUAAAUCAGCUUUGUGGAACAUGCCAUGAAUGGCUUUUUAAAAUUGUUAACACGUUGCACAACAGUAUCCUUCAAGUUUCAAGCCCCUCCCCUGGGUCUCUAGAAGAUAGAUAGUGCAAUGGGAGGUGGGCUGCAACUUACUCUAGGACAUGCACUCACAAGGGCACAAUCUUCCAGUGCAUUUUCUUCCCUUCCUCCCAUCACUGAUUGUAAGCAUUGCUGAAUUUAUUUGAGUUGCAGCUGUUCCAUAGUAAUACCAGUGGUGCAAGUCAAUAAUCCCUGCUAUACACUGGAGGAGAGGGAAAAGGUUGCAUGUUCUCAUCAUGCCCUUGCAAAUUUUGGCUCUAGACCUCUUACCUGUCUUGUUGAAGAGGGGGUGGCAUCUGUAAAUAGUAACAUGUAUUAUUUCAUCCCCUUCCAAAUAUGAUAAACCAGGUUUGUUGCAUCUUGCCCCCCCCCCACUUUUUCUGCUGAGUGGGGUCCUGGGCAUCUAUCCCCAAGACCUGUCCCUGAUUACUAAACCCAGGUUCGUUGUUAAACACUUUUAGGAAAAGGUUAUGGCCAGUUUAGAUACCCUUGCAAGAUAUACCAUUGCAGAGUAACUUGAUUCAUUAUAUGUAUCUGGAUACAGCAUAUGAGGAAUAUAAUGGGCAACUGAUGCCCAGGUGGUGAGUCUUAGUGAGAAUACGAAUGUUACAAAAGUGUCUCAGUUUUUCAACUGGGAAAAAUGUUGGAGGGUUUGAAACAAUGAAAAAUGCUUGUGAUGGAAUACUGUUGGGUACAGGGUCAUUGUAGUUACUGUGGUUACAUCUUCUACAGUUCAGAUGAACUGGAGGUGGGAUGGAGACUGGAUGAAAUGCAGAUAUGACCUCCAAAGGAAGGAAGGAAGGAAGGAAGGAAGGAAAAAAGAAAUAAAGCCUGUGUUAAAUAGAACUAAUAAUAAUUACCACUUUCAUAAUAUGGUGCUUCCACUCAGAAUUGAAGGCUUUCAACUCCAGAACCACAGACAAUAGAUCAGGAAAUAGGAGUACAAUAGUAAGUACUAUAUCAGACUGGUAUAGGUGAACAUCAAUUUUGAUUGUACCACCAUAUUUCAUGGUUUCUUCCAUACUUUCCUUGGAAAUAAGACCCAUUGAUUUCAUUGAAAUAUAUGAGUCACGUCAAAUAUGAGGUCCAAAUCCUAAUGUGGGUGCCAUCAAAAGAGAAUCCCACAAUGCAGAAGACCAGACACUUGACAUCUGCUCACCACUUGGUUCACCCAAUGAUUACAGAAUCUCCAUGCCAGGAAUGUGCAUCACUCGUGGAAAUUCUGCAUAAGACAGAGAUGAACCAUAUAGUGGAACCAGAGUUAGAAACUGAGAUAUGAAUGCUAGCUAAGUUGCACCUUAAACCUAGGUUAUGGGUGCAACAAUGGAAUGUCCAGGUGUGCUUUUUUAUAGCAAGAAAACAAAGCUGAAAAUGAAUGAACUUCAGCUAAUAUCUUACGUUCAUUUUUCACAUGGUCUAGUCCUUUCCCUGCCUAGCAGUGGCCAUUUUAAUCUGAAAUCUUAGCCUCAGUACUGUACCCAGAGCUCAGAAACUGCUCGCGUUAAUGCAACUGCCUGUCGCAAAACAUGCCUAGAAUAAUAGAAUACAUUCAAAACACCUAGUACACCUUCAAAAGCUGGUGGGAACUGUAAAUGUAAUAACAUUUAGCAUUUAUUUUUCACUUUAGAAGCUCAAAGCACUUUUUAUUAUAUAUCAUCCUUAAAAUAUUACAUUAUACUUAAUAAUAUACCCUGUAGUGCUAUUCUUUCCAUUGUAGUUGAGAGGCUGAAGCUGCUUAAGACCUCAUAGCUCAGAUUAAAAGGUCUUGCCAUUUCUCAGGUGCUUCGCAUAGUUUAUGAAGACCAGCUAUGGAUGCAAGAAGCAAUCCUGAAACAAAAGAAACCCGGGAACUAAAAUGAUUUUCCAGAAUAGCCUUUGGAACUACUGCUUAAUCCAUUGUCCGCAGGCUUUCAGGUGACAACCUAAAAUCAUUAUGGGCAUGGAGAAAUGAGCAAUUGUAGUCAGGUAAAUUUAUUUUACAGAGUUGUGUGGUACUUUAUUUAUGUAAGCUGGAUGCCAAAGAGGCUUUAUCAAAGUUUUCAUAGCUGAGACAAGGCUGUGCAUCCAUGUGGGUUUUGCAUGUUUCACUGUGCUUUUCUGUGAAACUAUGGAAUCUGCUCAUCAGAGGUAACAGCUCUGCUGUUUAUUUGGUCAUAUAUUUCAUUGUGAAGAAGGUCAUUUCAUACUGAGGUCAUUUCAUGGGGAAAGGCCAUACGUCAGCAAUAGCAUGUCUGCUUUGCGUGCAGAAGGUUAUAGGUUCAGUCCCUAGCAUCUCUGUGUAGGGCUGGGAGUGUCAGCCUCUAAAACCUUGAAGAGCGGCUGUCAGUCAGUGUAGGCAGUCCUGAGAUGGAUGGACUAAUGGUUUGACUCAGCAUAAGACAGCUUCCCAUGUUCCUAGUUUUUGAAAGAGUUUGGUUCGCUCUCUUAAAGUCUCAUUUCAUUUUCUGAGUCGCUCAUUUAACAUGUAAGUGAAUUAAAUGAAAAAGGCAGCUUAGCAUUAUGUAAUUUUUUUUGUAAUUAGUGGUUAUUUACCCACGAUAAAUGUAUUUGUACGGAGGCCCAAGAAAGGCCGUUUAUUAAGAGAAAGAGAUAGCAAGCUAUGGUUACAUAUCAAAUUAUUUAAGAAAAUUAAAGUAAAAGGUAAAGGUAAAGGGACCCCUGACCAUUAGCUAAGACAAUUACCUUACUUCAAAUAGCUGUUCACCACAGUACUUUAUUUGGUUUUCAGACUAAGGCUGCCAUGCCAACCCCACUUACCUGGGAGUAAGCCCCACUGAAUUCAGUAGGACAUUCUUCUGUGAGGUAGAUAGCGAUGGGAGUUGGGCUAGACUCCAUUGUUACUUGAGAUUUACGUUGGAGCUAAAUGCUUGCAUGCAUGGUCAUAUGAAGCCUAAGCUGUACACAAAUGAGAGGAAUACUCGGAUGAAAUAAUGGUCACUCUGAAUCUACAUAAGCAUAAAACCAGGAAUGGAUUAAUUUCUUAUCCAUAUUGCAACAGUAACUGCUGUAAAGACCAACAGCACAUUCCUGUUUUGUUUCCCCCUCUGUGAACUAUAAUUUUCAGAGCUUACUGGUAAUGGCAGGUGACUGCUGUCACUUGCUUGUAUUAUGGGGAUUUUGGAAAAGGCUGCACAGAGAGCUCAUUUCUCAUAAUACAGUGCUACCUCAGGUUAAGAACUUAAUUCGUUCUGGAGGUCCAUACUUAACCUGAAACAGUUCUUAACCUGAGAUACCACUUUAACUAAUGGGGCAUCCUGCUGCCGCUGCUGCGCCACACCACACGAUUUCUGUACUCAUCCUGAAGCAAAGUUCUUAACCCAAGGUAAUAUUUCUGGGUUAGCGGAGUCUGUAACCUGAAGUAUCUAUAACCCAAAGCAUCUGUAACCCGAGGAACCACUGUACUGUACUCAGUCCAUGUCCAUGCACCAACUGGCCCUUUAAGAAGGAAGCUGCUUUAGGCUUUCGGAAGAGUCAGAACAUCUAGCCAAAAAAAAGAGAGAGAGAGAGAGAUUGUCACUUGGAGUUUGCUAGUAGGGGAGGCAGAGCCUAAGCUAGUCUGGCCUUGCUGCUUUAAAGAUGGCAACACCACACACUCUCCCUGAAGGUUUCACUGAAGUUGAAGUCUUUGGUUUGGGCACCCUGAUGAUGGCAGAAGGUAAGCUGGGAUGAAGGGCGGUGUGGUCAGAGAAUUCUUAGAUCAGAUCAGACCUUCUUGCUGUUUCAUUGCUCAAGCAAAACUGUGGUUUGAAGAAGAAGGGGGAAAGAUUAUAUAUAACCACAUAACACUUUCAAUAGAGCAGUAUAGGCUUCAGGGUAAAUCUUGUUUCUAUGGCUACGCCAUUGUUCAUUAUGCCUUUAUGAAACAGGGCAGAGGUUGCUUGCAAGGCAUGUUAUGCAACAAGACUAUUGAGGAGCGAAAGUUAAGUUUGUUGUUUUGAAGGAUUCCAGGAAUAAAGAUCUUUAUUGUUUCUGUUCCGUAUGGACUUAAAAGGUGGUUUUGCAUUUAGGACUGAGGAGUCAUACAGAUGGUUCAUAUCUUACUGUUUAUUCUGAAACUCAUCGCUUUCCAUUUGUGCCCAUCUUUUUUUCACCUAACAAGGUUAUAUAACAGAAUCUUGUAUACUUGAAUGAAGAUGCCCAAAAUAGGCUGAAGGACACAUCAUUCAGCAGCACUGGAUUUUAAGCAUGUCUUACUCACAAAAGAAAAACCUGUCUCAAAAGUCCAGCUAAAUGGAUUUUGCCUCUAUUUCUUCUUCAUCACAUAACUUGUAGGAAUUUCAACAGACUGUGCAAAUGCAUUUGCAUUAGUAAUAAAUUAGCUGGGUGUCUCAGUUUCACAGACAGUUGUGCUAGUGAUAAAUUAGCAAACAGCCUAGUUGAGAAUUCUGAUCCUUUUUGUUAUUUAUAGUUUCGUUUUUAUACUUCAGCUGAAACCUGUUAAGUUUUGUACCAUUUCCCCCCCUUUUACUGUGCUUUUUAAUGUUGUUACUAAAAACACAGAUAAUUGCCUGCUGACUUUUAAAAUGAUAUAAAAGAAGGCAAUCUGGUAAAAAUUAAACACACUUUUAGUUCCCAAGGAAUGAAAAAUUCAAAGAAUUAAAAAAUGCAUCUGUCCUACUGAAAUCAGCCACUUUGUAGCUGAAGAAUACUCCAUGUGUGAUGACUCUAUGCAUAUGAAAUUUGAUGGUGGCAUAUAUCACUGUCAAGCGAAAAAAAUGCUUUCAUUCCUGCUGAUGUAUUUUGGUCCUAUUCUAAUGGUCAAAAAGAACUGUUCAAUUCUUUGACUGGGGAAAAUAUUUGACCUCCAAUCCAGGAGUGAGUUGUGUGGAUGACAGACACAUUUACAAUACAAAUCUGUAAAUUUGCAGCCAGCUGUAAGCCCCUUUGAGUUUGAAGGGACUUACUGCCAGGUAGGUGUAUUUAAGGUUGCAGCCACAGUCUUAGUAAAAAGUAUGUUGAUGGUGGGUUUUCAAGGGAUUAUCUCCGCAGGAAAAAGAACAAUGUAAGUUGGAUGUCCGCCGCUGAAGUUUUGUAAUAAAUGCAGGGCAUGAUCCAGUUCCACUGAUAUCCAUGGCACAAAACUAAGCACGUGCAUUUAAAUCAAUGGGAAUUAAAAUUACUUAACUCUGGCUACAUCAUGUCUUAAGAUGGAAUUCAAUGUUGCUCUACAGGCAAGCAUUUCUGCUGGCCAGAUGGAACGAUUUCCCCUAUCCCCCCCCCCCCAAUGCUGUUCUGGGUGUUCUCUGGACUCCUCAGAGCUGAUUUGGGGGGGCAGAUUUGGGGAAGCAUGGGAAGAGAGGGGGGGAAGCCCUGUUGCGCUAACAGGACCCAUGGCACUGGCUCUCAUUAGCUUUAUUUAGUUGAAUCUGGCCCCUUGAUUUAACUACCCAGCAGUGUAAUGGAUGUCACAUAAAGUAGAAGGAAUUGUUCAAAUUCCGAUACUAUGCACACUUAAUUGGACACAGUGGGCCUCAGUUCUGAGCAAAUAUAUAUAGCAGGGGGUUGGACUAAAUGACCCUCAUGGUCCCUUCCAGAUCUACAAUUCUAUGAUCCCCAACUAGCUCGGUAUUAUCUACAAUGAAUGAUUGACAGUGGCUCUUCCGGAUUUCAGGCAGGGGUCUCUCCUAGGCUUUCCUGGAGAUGCUGAGGCGUGAAGAUUUAUUCUUCUGCAUGCAAAGCAGAGCUGUGGCUUUCUCCCAAUAAUAUAAAGGACCAAGGUCAUUUUAGUUCACAGGCAGAGCAGUCCUAACUGGGGCCGUGGGAGAGUUACAAUUGCUGCCCCAGUAAACCAUGAUAAGUGCCUCUACUAAUCCUGCACACUUGUGCUUUGGAAAUUUGAGGAUACUGGGAAUUAUUGCAGGGCAACUCAGGAAGACUUCCAGAUGGUUUUAGCAAUCUGCAGAUAGCUUUCAUGGGAGAUUUGAUUUUUCUGAAGCUUCAGUUAUACCACCUUGCUCGAAGGCACACUUAGGAUUGCUCCUGAGGCUGAGGGAGCUCCUAGCGAUGUCAAACUCAAGAUGGCAUGCUUAGUCACCUGACUGGCAGUACUAGUGGUAUUAACAUCUCACCAUCUUACAGACAAGAGCAUGUCUGAUCCUUUUACCCACACAUACUUUCCUACUGAGGGCCAUCCAUCAAUAUGCUGAGAAUCAACCAAUUUUGUUUCAGCUGUUCCACUGAAUAAUUUGUCAUCCUUUCUCUCUUCCACCUCCUUUUAACCAACUAUCCAAGUCUUUUGUCAUACCAAAUUUAGCUUUCCAUAAACCUGAGUUGUUUAUCAUCUAUAUAAUCUAUUCUAUAUAUUCUAUAUAUCUUUAUAAUCUGCAUAAUAUAAUUCCUUAUUUAUUUGUCAUGAUUGUUUGCUGUACAUGUUUAGAUUUUUAUUAAAAAUGCAAAGUAUUAAAAUAAUAGACUGGGAUCUAUUGUAACCCACAUUGGUCUCUUGGAAAAUGAAUUUAAUUUGUUCCCCUUUUUAAUAAAUUGUGUGCUAGAGAUACACAGACUGAUGCUGUCUGGGGCUAGUGUGAAUUUUAGUCUAAAACUUCUGAACAGCACCAGGUUGGAAAAGGCUGCAUCUCUUAACUGGGUUACUAACAGUUGGUUGUUGUUUGGUGAGGAACAAAUGCCAAUAAAGAAAACACCAUGCUAUUUUUAUAAUUAAAAAAUGCAAGUAAAAGCAAAGAACCAAAUGAAACUGAAAAUGUGUUUUGCCACAAUUAUUGUGCUUAAAUUUGAAAACAGCCCUGGGUGAUUAAGCACAGUUUGCACUGGAACCAUGAUGAGGGAGUGAAGUUAACCCUUUCCCCCUUCUAUCCAAUUGUUUUGUUCUUUCUUUUGACCAGUUAUCCUAGUUGGGUGUGUGCAUGCAAAACUCUCUUGUACUAGCUAGAAGAAUAGCAUUGGACAACACCCCCUAUUUUUAUGCAAAUCAAAAGGCCCCAUGCUUCAGUCUGAUUCCUUAUUCUUCUCUCUGGCUGUAGUUAAUUGUCAUAACUAGUCCAAGCCAACUCUGAUCGUUAUAAAUAGAUACAGGGAUACAAAAGUAACUAUGUGAGUAAGAAAAGUUGGGGCAUUGUUGAAUGCUUGAUGGUAUGGCUGGUGUAGUUUGUUCUGGUCCAUCUGAGUCCAAGCAUGAGCGAAAGUUAUAAAACAACCCUUUUAAACCUGUGCUUGUUUUCAGCGCUGCUUGGAUUCUCUCUGAAUUUGCUGACCAUCAUCUCUUUCUGGAAAAUCAAAGCACUUCGAACGCCUGGCAACUUUCUGGUUUUCAACCUUGCACUGUCCGACUGUGGAAUCUGCACCAAUGCAUUCAUUGCAGCUUUCUCUAGUUUCUUAAGGUAGAUUUUAUUUAUUCAUUUAUUCAAUAAUAUAACGUGCCUUUCCACUAAGAAAAAAAAGUAAUUGAUGUGUUUUAUCCGUCCUUUUAAGCCACUGAUAAACUAAUGUAUUUCAGAUGUGUGAUACUCACGCAUGCUGCUUUGAAAAUAAAUUAGGGUGCUACAAUGUCUGGACAUACAAAAUUCAAAAUUCUGUAUAGUAGAAGCUCCCAGUCUUCUUAAACUGACAAUUCCUAUACUUGGGGUUAGCUCCUGGUAAGAAGUGUCAAUGUGCAGUGAGUCAGGAGGGAAUGGAGCAAUGCAUCCAGAUUCCAUACAGUUUGCACAGCAGAUACAUCUUAUUGCAUGGACAGGCAGAGUCCCCCCAACCCAGGCGACCCCCGAGUGGAAUAAUGACAAGACAACGUGCUAUGGGAUUAAAAUUGGCCACAACUUUAUUAAGUUUCAGAUGUAGGGAGACCUUGGCUCAGGCAUUGGAUGUUUAUCCUUCCCUGUCCCCAGCCGGGGAUCUGGGAGACAUCAGGGUUACCCAGAAUAUGUGGGAAUUGGGCUGGCUCUGGAGAACAUAUGUUCAAGCAGAGAGCCUGCCCCCCAUUUUGCCGCCGUCACAGAGGAGAGCAAUGACAACCUCUCAGCAUAUGGCCUAUGCCUCCCCUCAAGACCCCUUUAACGGGGAACCCUGGGAUCACUACCGCAAGGGGGGGUGGAUCACUGCUUCACGCCCCCUCCCCCCAUUUAGGAAGAUAGACUAAAGGAUUCCGCCCAAGGCCUGAAACCGUCAAAGUUGUGACGUUUUGCUACAGGGAAGGCAAAACCUGCCAAUGCAGGAAAAUUCCUUUCUGGCCCUUCAACAGUGACUAUGACGCAGCAGUGCCCGCGUACCUGUGGAGAAGAGGUUAGCCUGCAAAAAAAAAAAGGCUUAACUGAGGGGGGCAGAGUGGGAGAAGCUCUGGAGCCAACUGACCCUUCGCAGGUAAGAUUCACCUUCCAUUGUGUGGGCACGGCGGUCACUCCCCCUACCUGGCCGAUCCCCUGGCAACGCCUCCCCAGGCGGGAUUGGGCGAUUGGCUGAGGUAGGCGGAGACCUCCAGGUUUCCAGCCUGGGGUGGGCGAAGCCAGCCGUGCUACCAGGAGCCACACUGGGAUCCAGGGGGCUGCACGCAACCACGCAAAAGGCGCCCCCCAUUUGAUGUGGGGAGCGGUCAUUGCUUAAAUCUGCAAGCUCACACAGUCUCUAUGAGGCAUUCCACAUCCCCUUAGCUGUAUCAUCUUUCCUGAUGUGAAGGAGCUGGUCAUCUUCCACAAACAGGCAGAUCGCUGCCUUUGCUUGCCUCUUCUCUUUGGCCUAGUUUUUCAGGGUUGUCAGUAGGUCUGUCUGUACUCAGCAUUUUCCACAGGUGAGUUUCCAGUAGGAUUUCUAGUUUGGAUUUCCAUAGUGGGUUGUUCCUAUUGCUCAGCUUUUCAGUACCCGGUUUCAAGCCUGAACUGCUUCCCAUUUUCCCCUCAGAUGCUUUGUUCUGCUUCAGGUUUACUUUCCUUUUUUCUCAGAGCCAGGCUCGCUUGGGAAUUAUAGGGACAGACCUACCUAAAUCAUAUAGAAAUUUAUUUAUUCAUGCUACUACAGCAGCAAGAAUCCUACUUGCCCCAAAGUGGAAAGAAGCAGAAGUCCCAGUAAAGGAAGAAUGGCUACAGAAACUCAUAGAAUAUGCAGAAAUGGCAAAACUUACUUGAAGAAUAAGAAAUCAAGAUAACAAACUUUUUAUAAAAUAAUGGAAAUGGUUUAUUGAUUCUUUUUCAGAUAAAUUGUAAACAGAUAAAAACAUUAGCAGGAUUAUUGUAAUAACCCACAGUUUCACAAGAGUAUAUAUUUACAGUAUAUAUAUAUAUAUACUGUAUAUAUAGUAUACAGUAUACAGCAUAUAGUAUAUAUUUAAAUGAGCAAGUGAAAUGAAUUUGGAUAUGCAGAAGAUAUUAAAAAUAAAUAAAUUUAAGGAACCGCAAAAAGAGGGGGAAGGAAGUCCAAUUUUGAAAUGAAAUUGAUUGUAAAUGAAAUGUAUAAACUUGAAAGGUAUAAAUAAAAACUUUAAAAAAAAAAAUAACCACACUUGCUUGUGACAGCAAUAGUGUUUCUGGGCCCAUAACCAGUUAGCAGAGUGACUGGAUUAAAGAGAAAAAGAAAUGGAUAAUACUUUACUUAGGGUAAAGUGAACAAGAGCAGGGUAUAACCUGAGGAGAAAUAUACAGAGAGGUUUUUCUUUUCUUCAGCCAGACCUGCACAGAGGAGAAGCUCCUUCAGAGCCGCUUUUCCAUGCAAACACCACUAACUGUCAAAUCUCAAAUGUCUUCCACGCUUGCAAUUCUUUCCCAGCUGACUGGAACCUCCAGCCACUCAGAGUCUGCUGUGAGCCAAAACAGAAACAGAAUUAACCCCUUAAUUCACACACUGAAUGUUCCCUGCCGUUGUACUUCCAACAACACAAACAUAAAAGAUACAGCAUGAGCGGACCCACAUAACUCUGGUGAUGCCCACUUUGCCUUCCUAUCGGGGCUGGCAAGAUGAGGAAACUGCCUCAGGUGGCAAGAUCCACAAGGGCAGCAGAUUCAGCCUCCAAGGAAUGCAUUGCCCACUGUUGCUGCCUCUGCACUCCCCCCUUGUUCCCAAAGUAAAUCUUUAUUUCCCCCUUGUUCCUGACAUAGGUUCUUCCCUGGUGGGUGGGUGGAGCCAUUUUGUGGUUCACCUCAGGUGGCAAAAUGUCUUGGUCAGCCCUGCUUCCUAACCAGGUAGGGCGUGAGAUCAGUGUCCUGAUCACUCCACCUAUGGCAGGUUCCAAUGUUUUCAUUUAUCUCUUUUCAGAUACUGGCCCUAUGGCUCUGAUGGUUGCCAGAUUCAUGGGUUUCAAGGAUUUUUGACAGCACUGACUAGCAUUAGCUCUGCAGCUUCCAUUGCCUGGGACCGAUAUCAUCAAUACUGCACUAGUAAGUACUAGCCUGGUAUUUGUAUAGAUCUAGAUCAGGCAUCCCCAAACUCAGCCCUCCAGGUGUUUUGGGACUACAACUCCCAUCAUCCCUAGGUAACAGGGCCAGCGGUCCGGGAUGAUGGGAAUUGUAGUCCGAAAACAUCUGGAGGGCCGAGUUUGGGGAUGCCUGAUCUAGAUCAUUAGUUCAUUGUAAAUUACACCCACCCUGGUUUACAAGAAGGAGCGCUGAUGUAAAAGUAUUACAAACUGGUAUGGACACAUGACAAAUAAAAUAUUUAAGAAUUUUAAAAGAGGUUUGCUGGUCCGUGGUAGAAAGCGGAAUGAAGUUUUGCCACUUUAGCACAAAGACCUUCCCCCUGUGCAACAGGACUUUCUACCCAUCUUCCAUCCUUGCAUGCCCCCCUCGUGCCCUUCCUGAAAUCUCCUCCAGAGAAUAGGGUGAACCCAGAACAGUCUGGGGACAUGCAGGGGCAAGGGCACAUGGGGAGAGGAGAGACAGGGGAAGUCCUGUUGCACAGGGAAAAGUUCUUGCACUAACCAGAUGACUUUAUUUGAUACAAACCUUCAUCUUUACCUAUCAGUUUAAAUCAUAUGUGCUUUUAAAAAGCACCAGACAUUGUUUGCAGUAGCUCUGAAAGGGUGUUAACAUAAUCUUCAAUGAAAUAUUUUGGAAAAUAACAAGAACUAUGGAUGUGAUGGUGCUGCCUUGGGGUAGUGGGGGAGGGGGGAAAUGUCCGCAUGUCUGGAUUCUGGUAGAUGCACCAGAUAUAUUGCAAUUUUCCAAGGUAGAGGAGAUGCUUUUCUGGCAUGGAGAGCAGGAAACAUGAGGAACAUCUGCUUCCUCUUCAUUCUGCCACAUUACAAGUCCAAAGCAUGACAGUAGAACAGUAAAUUCUUGGGCAUGACAGUAAAUUGCCUGUAGAACAGGGCUCAUGAUGCAAUACUAUUGUUAUGAGGCAUUGUAAUCGUACACCAGUAGGGAAGACAGUGUUAUCUCUACCUUAAAUUGGAUUUGAUUGUCCAUGAACAAUUUAAAGUCAGAAUUUUAAAAAUUAUCUUGUCCUAAGUAUCCAUCUUGAGUCAAUCUAAAGCACCCUUCAUUGGAGUGUAGAAAAACAGAUAUUAGAUUUUUUAGAUCUAUCCAAAAUAAGAUGCACUUCAUGAAGGUUGGCUUUUUCUUUCACCAUCCAUUGUCUUAAAGAAGAAACACUCCCUGUUUCAACAUAAGUUAGUCACUCCUUUCUCUAACCACGGCCUACUCUCUCAAUAGAAAUCCCUCGUCAAUUGACUCAGACUUGCUGCUUUUAUUUCCAUUCCAAGUUUAUGAAUCUGAUUUCUUCUCAUUUACAGGAAGUAAGCUACAGUGGGGCUCAGUGAUUUCCAUGGUGAUAUUUCUAUGGCUUUUUGCUGGCUUUUGGGCUGUGAUGCCUCUUCUAGGAUGGGGUGAAUAUGACUACGAGCCUCUAAGAACAUGUUGCACAUUGGACUAUAGCAAAGGAGACAGGUGUGUUCCGUCUAGGCAUUUCUGUGUGGCUUUAAAAUAAAAAUAGGCGCAACUGGUAAAAAUGAAUUUUACAGACAAACAUAUACAUGGCAGGGGCAAAAGGUUGCCUGGCAGAAUAUUGCUCUUGUGCUGCUAAAACGCAGCCAUCCUUUGACAUUCUGAAUGGUGCAAUGGAGUUCUGCAGCCAUGUGACAUGUACAAAAAUGCACAUACUGCGGUAAAAUAUGCAUAAAACGUUGGUGACAAUCACUUGCAAAAAUGCAUUAGGGGAAAUUGCUUUGCAAAAAAAAUUGUAUAUGAGGCAAAACUGAAAUAAACAACGUGCAUAUUCAAAGGAUUUUGCAUUGAAAUGCUGGUGGAUUUUCGUGAGGUUGUUUUUUUAAAAAGUUUGCAAGCUAAUGUGGAGAAGUGAACUUAAGGCUAGAAAAAUGAGAAAGUGAGAGAAAGUGAAAUUGAUGGAUUUUUCCAUCUCUGGGCCUCACCUGCCCCACCUCCACUAAUCUUAUUGUGCCUCCUAAGAAAUCAGGCAGCCCACCAGAGAGAGUUGUCCUACAGAACUAUUAUUAUGUUUAACACAGAGAGCUGCCCCUUAAGAUGUUUUGCUAAACCUAAUUGAAUAUAUGAUUUCUCUCCUAAGUGGUUUUUAAUAUCAAUUAUAUAACAUUGCAAACAGAAUGACAGAUCUCUGUCCUUUCCUCUCUCCCCUCCCCCCUCCAGGAAUUAUAUUUCCUAUCUUAUUCCUCUGGCCCUUUUCAAUUUCUUGAUUCCGGUGUUCAUCAUGCUAACAGCCUAUCAAUCGGUAGAUCACAAAUUCAAGAAAACAGGACAGUUCAAGGUAAGAAAAUACCCCAGCAUAUAAAGGGUUGUACACAGCUUCCUUUCCCACUCUAGGAACCAUCUCCUAUAGCUUGGUUAUACAGUCUGAUAAGCAAAAGAAGCAGUCUUUCAACUUCCUCAUGGUUGCCAUUUAAAGGGGGGUGGAAUCUGUUUGUGGCAAAGUGCUGGAAACAUUUAUUUUGUCUCAAAAUCAUGUGCUCCUGUUGUACCAAAAGGGCUUUUGUUGGCUGUAUCAGUCUUAACUUAUUAUAUGGGUUUUAUUUACGCAAUGCCACGUUCUCUGUUCUUGUUUUUUUCCAGUUUAAUACUGGUUUGCCAGUGAAAUCUUUGGUCAUCUGCUGGGGUCCCUACUCGCUUUUAUGUUUCUAUGCCGCAGUUGAAAAUGUGACUUUCAUCUCCCCCAAAAUUCGAAUGGUAUGUAAAAAUAGCCCGAGAGCACAAAGAUCUUUCGUGCAAUGCAGACAAUUCUAAGCACUUGGUAUCAAUGGGAGAGUACAAGAAAGAACACCCAGAAGCCUGAGGCAAGGAGAUUGGAGCAUGCAGCUCAAUGGCAGAGCUUAUUCCUUGCAUGCAGAAUGUCCCAGGGUCAAUCCCUCGUGUCCCCAGAUAUGGCUAGACAUUUCCCCUGUCUGAAAUCCUGUAGAACUGCUGGCAGUACUAAGCUAGAUGGAUCAAUGGUCUGCCACGGUAUAAGGCAGCUUCUUAGGUUCUCAUCCAUCCCUUUCUUCUCCAUCCACCCCCUCUGCUGUCUUCCCCAAACACAAUCCAUUUUAGACUGUAAAAUCCUUGAGAACAGGCCACUAACCCUUUUGCCUAACUCUGCAAAGCACCUUAUAAAUGGAUGGCAGUGGGGAAAUAAACAUCAUCGCCCCCUGCCUGGCCACUGAGUCCAGGCAAAGAGGAGCACACCUGAGAUCGUGGCAAAUGCACCACAACCCAGAAGAAAUGUGCGGUCCUUUGCUCCACUGGUAGAGCCAAGAACAGUUGUGCAGACCCAAGAUUUAAGGAGCCCAAAUGGAAGUGGCAGAACGUAGGAAUAGAGAGAGAGAGUGGAAGAAUGGGGGAGGUUGUUCCAUCAGUCCCAGCUCAUUGAAAAACAUGGCCGCUGUUAAAAAUUAGUUGCUGAUCAUUUCAUUAUGAAAUUCUGUGUAAACACGAACCCAUCCUUAUCUAACCUCCUUAAAUGCUCUGCUUCCGAACAGAUCCCUGCUGUUAUUGCCAAAAUCUCGCCAGCCGUGAAUGCUUUGGUCUAUGCUCUGGGGAACGAGAACUACAGAGGGGGGAUAUGGCAGUUCCUCACAGGACAGAAGAUUGAGAAGGCUGAAACUGAUAACAAAACGAAGUAA